AGUAGUGACGGCGGUGGCGGCGGCGGCAGCGGCAUCCUUCCUUCCUUCUCUCCUUCUCUGUCUGCCUGCCUGCCUCCCUCUCUCCCCAUCUGCGCCUGGCCGCUCCAGGCCAAGAGGGAAGGCGAGCAGAGCAGGGAGGGAGGCCAGGGCCAGGGCCAGGGCCAGGGCUGGGGCCCCCCUUGUCUGAGUGGGGAGCCAGAGCCACCAGCCCUGCGCAUCCAGCGCCCGGCACCACCCCCCCUACAGCAAGAGCAUCUCCAAAGACAAAGGAGGAUUCAUGUCAAAAGGCUUUUCAGAGAACAGAACUGACGUGACCAUGUCAGAGCUGGUGGCUGAGCCCAGGCCCAAGCCGGCGGUGCCCAUGAAGCCACUUGGCAUCAGCUCCAACCUCCUGGGCUACAUUGGCAUUGACACCAUCAUCGAGCAGAUGCGGAAGAAAACCAUGAAGACGGGCUUUGACUUCAACAUCAUGGUUGUGGGUCAGAGCGGGCUGGGCAAGUCGACCCUCAUCAACACGCUCUUCAAAUCCCAAGUGAGUCGGAAGUCAGCGAGCUGGAAUCGGGAGGAGAAGAUCCCCAAGACGGUGGAGAUCAAGGCCAUCGGGCACGUGAUAGAGGAAGGUGGAGUGAAGAUGAAGCUGACCGUCAUCGACACCCCGGGCUUCGGAGACCAGAUCAACAAUGAAAACUGCUGGGAGCCCAUCGAGAAGUACAUCAAUGAACAAUACGAGAAAUUCCUGAAGGAGGAGGUGAACAUCGCAAGGAAGAAGAGGAUCCCAGACACUCGGGUCCAUUGCUGCCUCUACUUCAUCUCUCCCACGGGACACUCUCUGAGACCCCUAGAUCUGGAGUUCAUGAAACACCUCAGCAAGGUGGUCAACAUCAUCCCCAUCAUCGCCAAAGCCGACACCAUGACCCUGGAAGAGAAGAUGGAGUUCAAGCAGAGGGUCCGGAAGGAGCUAGAGGUGAACGGCAUCGAGUUCUACCCACAGAAGGAGUUUGAUGAAGACCUGGAAGACAAGACGGAGAACGACAAGAUCAGGCAGGAGAGCAUGCCCUUCGCUGUGGUUGGAAGCGACAAGGAAUAUCAGGUCAAUGGCAGGAGGGUCCUUGGUAGAAAAACUCCCUGGGGGAUCAUCGAAGUGGAAAACCUCACCCACUGUGAGUUUGCCUUGCUCAGAGACUUUGUUAUCAGGACCCACCUCCAGGACCUUAAGGAAGUCACCCACAACAUCCACUAUGAGACCUACCGGGCCCGGCGGCUCAACGACAAUGGCGGCCUCCCUCCGGCACCUCAUCCAUCAAAUCUCACCUCCUUCAAGGGCUUGGAAAAAUAAAGCCCGGAGACGCUAGAUUGAGCAGGGAGAAGGCGUCCUUCCACCAGCUUCAGCCUCCCCCUGCCCUGCCACCACCGCCGAGUGAAGGUCAUUUUCGAGCUGCUCCUCCUCCCCCCCACCGCCCUGCCCCCCCCCCCAGCCGCUCACCCUUCAGGGACGGGUCUCGUUAGCGCUCUGCUCGUCCAUCCAGCUGCCCACCUGCCAUGCUCUGCCCACCGCAGGAGAGAGAGGGGUGUGAGUGCCAUCCUGCCUCCCGUGAAGGUCCCUCUGCCGGCCUAGCUCUCUGCCCAUGCAACCCACCCUGGGCCGACACCCUCACCUGCUCCUGCUCCAGCUUCUGCAAACCCAUAGCCAGCAGUUCAGUGCCCUCUCCAGGGGAAAUGGCCCCAAAGCCCCCUCCUCCACCAGGCUCCAUGGGCCCUUGGCUCCCCUUGGAGCCCGGAGCCAGGAGAGUGUCAUUUCUGCCUGGUCACAUCCAGGUGUGAGCCCCGGCACGGGGUGGGGGGGAACAACAAAGACCUCACCCGCCCUGGUCAUCACAGGGCUAGAAGGUACGUCAGGCUUGGCUGGCCCAGAGCGUGUCAACGCCCUCCCCCCACCCCACACACACCUCCCCAUGAUGAAAAGUCCAGGAGGAGACCAGCGACCUGAAAGGGCAUUUCUGAAGUUGACUUUUCUCUUUAUCCUUAACUUUAAAAAAAAGAAAGAAAAGAAAAGGAAAAAAAAGUUUAGGAAGCCCGUGAGAUGUGAAGUCUAAGAUAAAGCUCUCCCCCAGCCCCCAUCUCUGCCCCUUAGCAAUAAGAGGAGAUGCUGCCCCCCCUUUUUGCCCCACCCCGAGCCCCCAUUAAUGUGAGUGAUGAAUCUGCUUGGCCGCAGACUGGCCACAGGCUUGUAGAGCAAUCUGGGGCCCGAUGCAUGAAUGUUGUGUGUGAAUGUUGGCUCAUACUGCCGUCCAUCCUGGGUCCUUGGGGAACGUCCUGCCCUCUGCAGCUGGGCACGGCCUGGGGGACCCACACAGAGGCCCCGUCCCGGCUCUCCCCGUCCUGGCCACCUGGCAGUGACGGGAGGGAGGAAUCUCCUUCCCCGGGCACCAGCCCUGACCCAAGACAAGCCACCAAACACACAUCGGAUGUAGACUUUAACUUUCUAUGUAUUGUUUAAUUCAACAAGACUUUGCUGUUUGAACAAGA